AUGGCAUUCCUUGAAGCUAGUAUAGCCAAUACUUUGAACGCCGAGAAUGACUGGGAGUUUGUCUGGAAAAUGGACUGGACCAACUGCUCGACAUCGUCAAACGAGACCACUUCGGACGGAGCCAGCCAGCCCAAUCUGACUGCUCUCACUGCCGAUGACAGAUGCGGUGAUGCUUCCGCUCUGGCGUUCAACGUCUCAAAGACACUAGAAGCCCAAUCGGGCUACUAUGAAGGCGAAACAUGCGCCAUGCUCGCGAGCCUCACGCCUAUGCCUACUCCUUGCAAGGUCAGUGUCGUACCGGCCGCCGCUUCGAGCAUCUCUUCCACCCUCACCGCAGCACAGUGCGCUGCUCUGACCCCUGGUAUUAGCUGUCCGCCAAAGAAGGGCACAGCCACCGUCAACAAUGUGGCUUCUCGGCUGAAGUGGUGGGCUGCUGGUAUGCUGCUUGUUUGCGAGCUGUUGGUUUAG